AGUCACAUCACACUUUCUUCAUAUCACAAAGACAAGGGAGGCAAGAACAGUGUACAGUGCAGAACCAGAGAAAGAGCGUGGACUGAAUUCAACACAACAGGUUUCCUCAGUACAGUUUACAUCAGCAACUGGACUUCAGCAAGACGACCAUCCAACUACAAGAAUUAAUCCACUAACAAACUAUGCAAAGGCUUCCUUAAGCCCUCCCAAGUGCUUUCCCACUGCUUUCCUACUACACAUCUCAGAGAGGACCAGCCAUGACGUCAGUCCUGGAUGGUAUAGCGGAUACCACGUUUCGGACAAUAACGACAGGUCUGGAAUACCUUGGUUCCAAUGAUGUCCAUUAUGAUGACUCCAGUGUUGAUGUGAACUUCACCAAAGGGGGGCACUCUUCACAAAAACUGCCUUUCUCUGCAUUGAAAAGUGACUCAUUCCAGGGGAAGGCAUUGGCAGAAGAGGAUCUCUUUUUAAAAGGCAUUCCAUUCUACCCCACAAACAUUACCGAUCUGUACACAAACAGAACUACCCCCAGCUACAGGAACGAGGAAGGCACAAUACAAUGUGGGGAGAACUUCGUGGACAUGGAGUGUUUUAUGAUACUGACUCCCAGUCAGCAGUUGGCGGUCGCUGUCCUGGCACUGAUCCUGGGGACAUUCACAGUUCUUGAGAACUUAGUGGUGCUGUGUGUGAUCCUGCACUCUCGCAGCCUCAGAAAUAGACCGUCCUACCACUUCAUAGGAAGCCUGGCAGUGGCUGACCUGCUGGGCAGUGUCAUAUUCGUUUACAGUUUUGUUGACUUCCAUGUAUUCCAUCGUAAGGAUGGCCCCAAUGUGUUCCUGUUCAAGCUGGGAGGAGUUACCGCCUCCUUCACAGCGUCAGUGGGGAGUCUCUUCCUCACUGCUAUUGACAGGUACAUCUCCAUACACAAGCCAAUGGCUUACAAACGCAUUGUGACCAAGACAAAGGCAGUCAUUGCCUUUUGCAUGAUGUGGAUCAUCUCAAUCAUCAUAGCGGUCCUCCCUCUGCUGGGUUGGAACUGCAAGAAGCUGAACUCUGUUUGCUCGGACAUCUUCCCGCUGAUCGAUGAGAAUUACUUGAUGUUCUGGAUCGGAGUCACCAGUGUUUUACUGAUGUUCAUCAUUUACGCUUACAUGUACAUUAUGUGGAAGGCGCAUUCCCAUGCAGUUCGGAUGCUGAGCCACGGGACUCAGAAAAGCGUGAUGGUGCAUUCCUCGGAUGGCACCAAAGUGCUGCUUACUAGGCCAGAUCAAACACGAAUGGACAUCAGGUUAGCAAAGACGCUGGUCCUCAUUCUAGUGGUUCUCAUCAUCUGCUGGGGCCCAGUCUUGGGUAUCAUGGUGUACGAUCUCUUCUGGAAGAUGAAUGACUUUACCAAGACCAUCUUUGCCUUCUGCAGCAUGCUAUGUCUGAUGAAUUCAACGGUGAACCCCAUCAUCUAUGCCCUUAGGAGCAAAGAUCUUAGGCACGCUUUCCGUACCACGUUCCAGUUCUGCAAAGGGACGACCCAGCCCCUUGAUAAUAGCGUAGAGUCUGACUGCCAGAACAAGCACGCAAACAAUACUGGCAGUGCCAACAAAGCUGCAGAGAACUGCGUCAGGAGCACUCUGAAAAUUGCCAAAGUGACCAUGUCUGUCACUACAGAGACAUCUGCUGAAGCCGUCUGAACUGCCUUUUCAGGAUGUUAAUAGACUAACCUGUGGCAUACAAGUCUCAUACAGCACUUACCGUUAAAUGUUUCACACAAGUAAACCCUCAUAACUGUGGUACAAAUGGACUAUAGUGGUCUUUAGCUAGGUUAUAUAGCAAACAUGUUGAUAUGUAUAUUUCAAUUAAAUAUUUUUUGUAAAUACUCACAGCCAUGGCUACAGUGUAUAAACCUGGUUUUGCAUUUAUACAACCCUCCCCAUCUGUGUACUUGAGUUGUUAAAUGGCUUCAUGCAAUUUUACUCAGUCCUACUUUAUAAAAAUUGGAUGUGGUUGUUCUUCAAAUUAUUUCUUGGUUGUAAAUACAGCAUUAACAUGACAUAGCCUGACAGUUUACAUGUUAACCCUAUGUUGCAUUGCAUGCAUUACAGUGGAUAUUGAAUAUUAUUGCAUAUUAUUGGUCAGAACGAAUAUUUACAUUAAGAUUUCAUGAAGAUUUCAUGUUCAUCAUCAAACUAUGUUUUACUUUCAAUGUAUGUGCACUUUUGUCCGGUUACUGGAUACUCCAGCUGGAUAGAUGACUAGUUUGAUAUGUUUUGCUGGCUUUGUUUAAUGGCGUGCAACAUAGGGUUAAUUUUGUACUUACAGAUCUCUACCAUCUUACAUGAAUGUGCAGAGCUGAAAUCAGAAUUAAUUCUACUACACGAAACGCAUGCCCUUCUUGGUAGUCUUGACCAGUUUUGUAAGACUUCCAGGUGGUUGUGUGCAUGUGUUCUUUCCAUCUCAGCUUGCUGUCACGACAGCCCUUCCUUCUAAACCCAUUGCUUCACAUGAUCUUCUCAGGCAAAUUUCUUUCAAUGGUGACAUUUCUGUUGUGUUUUGCAGAGUUAACAUGCUUUUGGCAGGACUAGAUCAAUAUGUAGAAAACUAUUUCCUUUGUCACAUAGAAGCAUUUUGCCUCAGAAUCACAUUCUUCAAAGAGGGAAUUUAAACCCAGUGAUAUCAGAUGUUCUACACAACCCUAAUGUAUCUCUAUUGGGUGCCAUACUCUGGAGAAUGUACUUGGCAUGUUUCAGUAAAACGGAAGAGACUCCUUAGUCUAGCAGACAGCCAUUACGCUUAAAACACACAGUCAUAAAGCAAAAGUGAGUAACACUUAUGUAGUUAAAUGCUGUGUGAAAACAGAAUGAGAAGUUUCUUUAGUUUUUCUCACAUUUUAUGAUUAGGUGUCUAAGGCUAUAGUUGAAUUAUUUUGCACAUUUAUUGAAACUGUUGACCUUCCCCCAGUCCAUCUCUGCAGCAUUAUUUAAAUCACUGUGCAAAACAGUUUUACAGGCAAUUUACAUCCCAAACAAAUAGACAUGUCAGGGGGCUAAUGAGCAGUUAAGAGUGUAUUUACAGAGAUGAUGAAUGUGUACUGAACCAAUAGAUUAACUUCAUUAUUGUUGGGUUACUAUGUCAACCUAUACACACACACACUGACACACACCACACACACACACACACAGAAUGAACUGAUUUGGGGUUAGCCCUUUAUUAAUGUUUUGAGCUUAAAUAUAAAGCAGAUAAAGCAUUGAAUAUCUCAUAGUGAAUACACCAUGUUGGUGUGCUGCUCACACUAAAGUACUAAAAAAACAUUUAAUAAUGUCCAUCUUAAAGUACAGUACAGUAUUUCCAUUUAUAAUUAGCAGGUUAACAUACAUACCUUUUGGUCAUUUAAUAUUCUAUUAUUAUGUUGUGAUAAUGUACAGUAAAGUAUUUAAUAAUAAAAAUAAUAAGUUUCACUUGCUGAAAUAUUUAUUUUAUUUACUCUUUUGAAGGCACAAAAUCGAGUUUGGGGAGAUUUUUAGGGUACGUGAGAAAAUAAAAUCCAGUAUUCUAGGCUGCUUGGGUGUCUGGGUCAAGGUACUGGUGCUUCAAAGUUUGGACUUCAUAUAUUUAAUGGUUCAUUUACUCUAAAACGACAUUUCAGAUGACCUGAAGAACUAGGUUAGAACCUCUUGGUCUGUAUUUAAUUCAGUGUGACCAUUGCUUUUCAACCACCCUUUUUACGCUUCUGUCAUUGUCUUCAGCUGGCUUCUGUAUUAAGGCUGCAUGUAAAGAAUUAGUCAGAAAAUAAUUACAUCCCAGGCCACUGGCCAGAGGUGUUUGACAUAUAUAAAAUGUAGUCUGUAACUAAACCUAUGAAUAAAGUCA